UGGUUAUCAUCAUCUAGCUCCCACAAGCAGCCUGUUAACUCAGAUACCCGGAAAACAAGAUGUGAUGCAUUUGUGUGGGGCAACACAGUGACACUCAGACACGAGACACCACGCACUCACACAUACACAAAAUGUAGUUUAAACAAGAGCUACUAGCAAUAGUUUGCUCUUUGCUGUCAUUGUGUGAACUCAGUGUAACAGAGGAUACCAAUACGCACCUGUGUUUGGACUUGAAGUGAAUCUGUGAAGUUUUAGAGCACCAGGCUGCCUUCCCCAUAUCUGUGCCUCCUUCCAUGGCUGCCGAUGACUACAACCCUGUCUCCCUCCGACACAAAUCCAAGAGGAAGAUUCGAGGAGGCAAUGGUACAAUGAGCAGGAGGCGGAUCUCGGUCAAAGAGCUGGGUCAGCCGGACCACCAGGGCUGGCUGUACAGGAAGAAAGAGAGCAAAGGCUUCCUGGGCAUCAAAUGGAAGAAGUACUGGUUUGUGCUGAAGAAGACGGCUCUGUACUGGUACAACAACCAGCUGGCGGAAAAGGCUGAGGGCUACAUUGACCUCGCAAACUUCAUGAUCGACCGAGCCAUAGAAUGCAAGAAGAAACAUGCAUUCAAGGCCUGCCACCCACAAGUCAUGAUGUUUUAUUUCGCUGCUGAGAGCCAUGAAGACAUGAACCUGUGGUUAAAUAAGCUCGGGUUAGCCUCCAUUCAGUAUGAGCCAACAGAACAGAACACGGCAGUUGCAGAGUGUUACAGUGAAGCCAGUGACCACGAAGAAGCUGAAAGCACAGAGAUUCCCCCUCCACCGUACUCUGAACAAACCCUGAGGGACUCCGUGGAUGCACCUGUCCCACCUGGAAGCACAAAUCAGGGUACACUUCCUCCCCCCUACUCCUCCGCAGUCCCCAGCGAAGCCACCGGCUCGCUCUCCUCCCCCGUCAGCACCAUGACAUCACAGAGCUCCACCUCCUCGCUCGCCAAGCACCGGCAGUCCUGGUUGGACCUGGUCUCCCAAGCACCCCCUCCAACUGGGGAAACGGCAGUGGUGUGCUCAGUUCAAGUACACUCACCCCGGCUCCCACAAGGGGAGGAAGAGGAGGACCCCCAGGUGUCGGAGAGCUCCUCUCAUCAGGAUUCUCUGGAAGUGGGGUCCCACGAAGAAAGCCCUGCUGCGGAGGGGAAUGCUAUGAGGGUCGUUUCAGGGGCUGAGAGUGAAGGGGAUCGUGGGAACAGCUCAGAUGAGAUGGAGAAGCUGUAUAUUCAUCUAAAAGAGGCCAGCCUCUCGCCAAUAGGAGACCGUAAACCAUCCACGAAAAGGGAGUUUAGGGCCUCCUUUGUAAAACGCUGUAAAAACCACACUGUCAAUGAUAAAUUGCACCAUAUCAGGACCCUCAACAGCACGUUAAAGUCAAAAGAGGCAGACCUAAAUGCCAUAGAGCAGGUGUUGACUGAACCCGGGCUUACCUCAGAAAAGUUCAGAGAGUGGAAGGAAGUCAAUGGACCCUUGCUGCAGGAGAUCUGUGUUAAACAUGACCAGCAGGUGGAACCAGAGGCCACAAAAGCUGCAGCGUCAGUCAUUGCUGUUCCUGUGGUCGAGACCAGUUUAUAAGGACUCCUCAUGACUGCUUUUACUGGACUCAGAGACCUCACACUCACAUACUGUGGACACACACACUGCUGUUUUCAAUUGAGACUACUGUUCCAUAUCAGUGGUUUGUAAGUGCUAUUCAACAAGUAACUGGAUCAAUAAGAGUUGUGUUUUUAGUUCCUAAUUGGACAUUAUAUGAUUAGCAGGUCGCGUUAAAAUGUGAAACGUGUCUUAGUAUUACUUUUAAUGUUCAAUUUGUAAGAUUAGCUCAUUUUACAGAUUGUUUUUAUGAUGUAAUUAUGUGAACCUGUGCAUAUUUUUGGAAUGAUGGAGUACGUUGUAAUAAUGGAUCCAUUGUUUUCUGCGUGGAAACACUUGUGUUUACUGUAUGUUUUAUCUACUUUGACUUCAUCAGUAGUAAACACAUUUUAACUGUUACUGUUCAGUCAAUUAUUGGUGCCAUGCACCUUCACUGCCUGUUACACAUGUGUUUUACAGCGACUGUUUUAAAUGAUUGAUGCAUGUUGUUCGCCCUGUAACUGAUAUAUCUUACUUAUCAUUCCACACUGAACACUGGGGCCAGCACUAACUGAAUAAAUGUUGUCGUGAUAACUUUUGGGUUUUCACUUUUAAAGAGUCAAAGUUUCUAUUACUUGUACUAUAACGUAAUUUAAAGCAAAGACAUAAUAAAUCAAAUCUAGAACAUAAAACCGUAAUGCAAACCUGCUUUGGAGUUUUUCAACCACAAACAUCAACAACUUAAUUUAUAUUGACGUGAAAAAUACUUUAAUACUAACAUAUAUUGUCUACUUGACUUAAGGUAGGAUGUAGUAGUAUUGUUAGCAUAGAAUACAUGACUGAAAAUUCUCAGGGAAAAAAAACGUUAAUAUUGUCCUAGAGAUAGACCACCCGCAGGCUUUUAUAGCGUAGAAUUUCCCCUCUAUCACUUAUAAGCACAGCCACAGCUCCAGAGAGCAACAGGUUUAGGAGAGCUAGAAGGUGGCCAAACCAAGCUCCAGGCACAAAGAUGCAUUUUUUAUAAUCCAUGUUUUAUAUGUUGUUCAUGUUAAAUAUUAACUGUGAAUAUUUGUAUAUGGAUGUGUGACAUUGAUUCUCUGUGAUCUCGAUUCUGGUAUGAAAGUAAUUUCAGAUUGUGCCUAUUUGUAUACAGGGAAAUAAAGUGUUAUCAAAAAAA